AAAAUACAUUUCCAUGUAAAUGGUGCUCUAGGUAAUAUGCUGUUAUACCUUGCUAUCAUUAUCUUAGGCCUCCAUAAUGAAAAUAUACCAUUUUAACUUCUCACUAGAUGUUCGUUUGUAAACAACUUAAACUUAGGCAAAGAUUUACAUUUUCUAUGAACUAGACCGGCUGAUUUCUAUUGAAUGCACACUCAGGUUUUGUGCUUAUUUGCAUAAACCUGCCAGUCACUCUAAGAAACAUGUAAUUUUAAAUAUAGAAUGUUAUAUUUUAUGUUUUCUCUCUCUUUUCACCCAAGUCUAUUGCAAACAAUGGGAGACAUGGCAAAUGAGAGUAUUGUCCACUCCAGUGGAGCACCCUCCUCCACACAGCAGUGCCACCGAGACACCACGAUCACCCACCUCGUCUUCCCAGUACUGUAUACACUCAUCUUCCUUCUGGGACUUGUACUUAACAGCCUGGCUUUUUGGGCUUUCUUCCAGAUUCCAAGCACAUCAACUUUCAUUGUCUAUCUGAAAAAUAUCUUAGUUUCUGAUUUUAUAAUGACCCUGAUGCUUCCUCUGAAAAUCCUAACGGACUCUGGACUGGGACCAUGGCAACUCAAAGCUUUUGUCUGUCGCUUCUCAGCUGUAGUAUUUUACAAUACCAUGUACAUUAGCAUAGUGCUACUCGGACUCAUUGCUUUUGACAGAUUUCUCAAGAUUGUGAGACCUUUUGGGAAGUUCUGGGUGCACAACCUGACCUCAGCAAAGAUCCUGGCGGGUCUGGUCUGGCUCUUCUUCUUUGUUCUCUCUCUGCCUAACAUGGUCUUAUCAAACAAGAAAGCAACACCCCAAUCAGUGAAGAAGUGUGCCUCACUGAAGAACUACUUUGGACUCAAAUGGCAUGAAGCCGUCAAUUAUAUCUGUCAGUUUAUUUUCUGGACUGUUCUCAUCCUCAUGUUUCUGUUUUAUAUAAUUAUUGCCAAAAAGGUAUAUGAGUCUUAUAUAAAAACACAGAAGAAAAACAACAAAAGUGAACAAAGGAUCAAGGGGAAAGUAUUCAUCAUUUUCACUGUGUUUUUCUUAUGCUUUGCCCCCUUUCAUUUUAGCAGGGUUCCCUAUACUCUGAGCCAAACGACCACCCACAUGGACUGUCGUCUGCAGAACCAGCUCUUUGUUGCGAAAGAAAGCACUCUGUGGCUGGCUGCCACAAACGUCUGCAUGGACCCCCUGAUAUACAUGUUCUUGUGCAAACCAUUUCUAGAAAAGGUAUUAUGCAGGAGAAUAAAGACAUUUCAGAAAACAGUUCAUACAAACCCCACAACAGAACUGGACACACGAACGUCUGCUACCGAAUCUUGACUGCAGCUUCAUGCUCUACAGUCUCUGCAUAUUCAUAGAGAACUUAAAAAAUACUUUGUUUUAUUUCUGCUGUGGAAAAUGAAAAGGCAGUUGUACUGUAAUAUUAAUACUUAAUAAAAAUGUCAAAAUGAA